AUGCCUAGCGACAAGCCCCAUCCCAACCACAAGAAUCUCGUUGUAUCUGACCUGGAGUUCCUAUCGAGAUUCAGGACCCUCUACAAACCAUCUUUCCCACCAGACGAGUACUUCCGUUCUCUCAAAAGUAUCGGAUGGUUCUCCAACGGCCGAAGAGAACUCGCGCACUACGGUCAACUGUUGGAACAGACCCUCUUCUUCUUGGAAGGCAAGAGCGGAUUGACUGAGUUAUAUAUCUCCAAUACGUCCUACGACUCUGUCAUGGACGAAUGGUAUCCUUUAUUUUCCACUCCCCUCAUCCAAUCGUCUUCAAGUACCCUCCGCAAGCUAGUCCUCCACGUCACCCCAACUCUCCGAUACCACGUUGUUUCCCGAAACUUUAGAGAAGACGGAUUCCAUCUAUGCCCAGAGGCAUCCAGCUCACUAUUCCAAUCCCUCCCCAGUAUCGAAUAUCUCGAAAUUCGUGUACCCUGGAUUUGCACAGACUUUUUCAAGAAGCCGUUCAGCCCUCCCAAACAUCAACGCGGUGGAACAUUCGUCGUCAUAGUCCAGCCUGGCAGUUCACAACCUAUAGCUUGUCCCUCGAAGGGGUGGUUCUACAGAUUCAAUUCUAUUGGAGCAGUAAAUGGUAUAAUGGAUGCAGCUCGAGGGUGCUUCGCGGACCUGCACGGAUGGGAUGUCCAAAUUCGUCUUACAGCGGAUAUCCUAACUCAAUUUCAAGCCCAUGACGGCCCACAGAUCUACACCAUCGCAGUCCCAGUCCACGACGACGCCAAAAUGCUCAAGCUAUAUGUUGCGCGAAAGCACGUGGUCAGCGAGGGCCGCUCGAAGUGGGUCCAGGAGACCUACGAAACGCCAAUGGAGACUUUUCGCAGCUUGACGAGGAGGGAUCACAGGAUGCAGCUGCUGCGGUGGUUGGCAUACCCUGCGUGGAGUCGAAGCGGAGGAUGGAAUACGACAUUGGGAGAGGACAUGGGAGUGCCUCGUACAGCUAUUUUUGAGGACGAUCCAUACUUCAUCCUCCCCGAUUCGGAUGUCGAUGGUUCUACGGGUCUCGCGACUUGA